AUGAUCGAUGAAUCUCCACCGUUGAAAAGAUCUGUAAGUGCCGGUGCUGCUAUACCUGUUGGUAAUGGGAUUUACAAGAACCCUCCCACUCAGGGAAGUCCUUCUGGAUCCGAUGUGAGCGAGUCCAGUGUACCUAUAGUGAACUCUUCUCAUAUUUAUCGUCCUGUCCCUACAAGAACCGUUGCGGCUCUACCUCUCGUAGAAUCGAAAACGACGUCGUCUUCCAAAUCCAAUGAUCCUCCAACUUCACUUUCGGUAUCACUUCCUGGUAUUGAUUCUUCUUCUGAAGAUUUAAAUCGUGUUACUGAGCCUGUUACUACUAACCGCCUCUGUUCACAUCUUCUCUUCAAUCUCUUUCUCAUCUUAAUCUCUCUCAUAAUAAACUUCAUGGUAAUCUUCAAAGUCCAUUUUUUUUCAAUUCAUAACCAUCUUUUAGUUCUUGAUUUGAGUUACAAUCGUUUCUCCGGUGAACUGCCACUUUGGAAUGGAAUCAGAAAUGGCAGUGUUGUUGUUCAGGUGUUUGAUUUGUCUAGUAAUUCAUUCAAUGGAACAUUGCCUGUUUCUCUGAUUCAGAAUCUUGCUGAAGGAGAUAAGAGUUCUUCUUUGAGAUUCUUGGAUUUUUCUUCCAAUGAUUUUGACGAUGCUAUUCAGACUGGUUUAGGUGCAUCUUCUAAGCUUGUGAGAUUUAGAGUAGGUUUCAAUCUACUAUCAGGGAAUAUCCCAAUUGAUGUUUAUGAUUUGACAAGUUCUAUUCCUAAGGAUAUUGGUAAGCUUUUGAAAUCGGAAAAAUUGCUUCUUUAUGUCAACAAUUUGACUGGUACGUUUCCGCCAGCUAUCACCCUCCGUUUCCGCGGAAUCUUAUACCGUGAGCGUCAUCCACGAUUUCUUUUUUCCGUGAUUUAUUUUCACGCGUUGCACUUCUCGCUUGUGGUUCAUUGCGCUUUAUUCGCUGCUGGGAGUAUUAUCUUACAUCUGGUUUUUUUGACGCUGUCGGCUCGUGAUUUAUUUUCACCUGAGGUUUGA